AUGGACAAGAGUGAAAAUUCUUUUUCCGAGAUAUUAGACCUACGCAGCUUUGAUCUCGGCGUGUGCUCCCUGUUUGACGCUCAACCUACAGAAACUAUCGACCCGCCCAACCAAUCCGAGUCUCCUGCCGUUUUCACCUUUCCUGAUCGCCCCCAGAUAAAUUAUCAACCAACGGCUAAUGACUCAGACGCUCUCGAUGGCUUCGAUUUGUCGGUUGGAAAUACCUGGCAGUAUCCGACUUCCCAUGAAGUGCGCAGCUAUCAGUUUGUUAUCUCUGAACGCUGUCUCUAUCAGAACUGUCUAGUAUGCAUUCCUACAGGCCUUGGAAAGACUUUCAUCGCAGCUGUCGUGUUGCAUAAUUUCCUGCGAUGGUAUCCCUCCGGCCGGGUAAUCUUUAUGGCGCCGACACGGCCACUGGUGACUCAACAGAUGGAGGCCUGUCGAGAGUUUACUAAAAUGUCUCCGGAUAUAUUUACUGAAUUGACUGGCACCGUACAUCCGGCCCAGCGUGCUCAAAUGUGGAAUCAAUUUCGUGCCUUUUUUCUCACGCCUCAAGCGAUUGUGAAUGAUCUGAUCUCUGGGAUUUGUCCUGCUUCGUCUAUCACCUGUAUAGUAAUUGAUGAGGCCCAUAAGGCUACCGGGAAUCACGCCUACUGUCAGGUGAGAUUUUUUUACAUAUUUUGUUGGUGA